ACGUAAGCCGACAAGCCAGUGGUGUUGUAUAAAGCAAGAUUAACCAGCUGGCAUUAGGCACAGUCAGUACAGAACCAUUGCUCAAGCAUGGUACUAAGCAAUAGCUGUUGGGUCCUGCUGGCCCUGGCUAGUGUGGUCACAUUAGCUCAAGCCUCAACAAUCCGUGACGUGUUGGCGUAUCGUACUGGGAACGGACCACAACCGACCGAUAUUGCACCACUAACGGCCGAUAUCAUCACCAACGAUGGUUACUUGGUCGAGCAACAUCAGGUAACGACCGCCGAUGGUUACAUCUUGACGAUGUUCCGUAUUCCGGGUGGUCCAGGAAAUCCACCACGCGAAGGCAAAAACGUUGCAUUCAUCCAGCACGGACUGCUCUGUUCAUCUGCCGACUGGGUAAUUCUGGGACCGGGCAAAGCCCUUGCCUACAUGCUGGUGGACGCAGGAUACGAUGUGUGGUUGGGUAACGCUCGUGGUAAUACGCACUCCCGUCGCCAUAUCUUCCACGAUCCGGAUGCACGCAAUACGGACUUCUGGGACUUCAGCUGGCACGAGAUUGGUUUCUUUGAUCUACCCGCUAUGAUUGAUUAUGCGCUGCAGCACACGGGACAGACUUCGCUCCAGUAUGCUGGACAUUCGCAAGGUACGACUUCGUUCUUCAUCAUGACAUCGCUGCGUCCUGAAUACAAUCAGCGCAUCCGUUCGAUGCAUGCGUUAGCUCCAGUGGCGUUCAUGAGUAACCUGCGGUCUCCGUUUGUUCGUGCGUUUGCUCCCUUCGUCGACCAGAUUGAUUGGCUGAUGCGUAUGCUGGGUGUGAACGAGUUCUUACCGAGCAGCGAAAUGAUGACUCUCGGUGGUCAAAUGCUCUGUCGUGAUGAGGCUCUCUUCCAGGAGGUGUGUGCCAACGUGCUGUUCCUGAUCGGUGGUUUCAACUCGCCCCAGCUCAACCGCACUAUGCUUCCGGCCAUUCUGGCCAACACACCAGCCGGUGCUUCGGUCAACCAACUGGUCCAUUAUGCUCAGGGUUACAAUUCAGGCCGCUUCCGGCAGUUUGAUUUCGGACUAACGCUGAACAUGAUCCGGUACGGUUCGAUCCGUCCACCAGACUAUCCGCUAGACCGGGUUACUGCUCCUGUAGCUCUGCAUUACGGUGACAACGAUUGGCUGGCGGCAGUGUCCGAUGUCCGUGAACUGCACUCCAAUAUCCGCAACCCGAUCGGACUGUUCCGUGUCUCCGAUCCGAACUGGAACCAUUUGGACUUUACCUGGGGCAUCGAUGCCGAUUCGCUACUAUAUCGACGCGUCAUCAGCUUCAUGGAUCGAUACAACUAAACAAAAACCGCCUAGAAAACAAUUGAAAACGUGUACAACCGAAGUAAAUGCUCAGAUAAAAACAAUCGUACGAUAAGGCACCAGACCAGAUGUUUUGUAGACUAUUUUUGGUUCACUGUGUUUCGUCGUUUCUACGACAUGUCGCUAGGUACGGGAAGAAAAUGAGACUGAACUUAAUUAAUACUCUCCCCGGCAUUAGAUGCCGAGUCCUAAGCUGGGGAGUAAAUGAAAUAACAAGAAAACGUCAUCACAACGCUUAUGUACCACACUGUGUGUAUGUGAUGGGAAAGAGUAAAGGAUCAUCAUCUCAGCAAGCACCGAGCUGUGCACCGAGGUGGUAUAUAAUGAAUCUUCCCCCUUUUUUCGGCGAUUGCUAUGUUACGUCACGACAGUCGCCGGACUUACCGGAACCUUACGCUUUCCCCAACAGAACGAAACAGCUAAGAUAUUUGCUCGAUGUGUCUUCCUUCUUCCAACGAGAAGAACAGUGUAGGAUGCUUCUUUAUUUUGCCGCCACGACACUCCCGUUCACACACAAACGGUCCCUCUUGGUAAACGUAACUCCUGCGGAACCUGAUCUCCUGAUAGAAAUCCGACUUAAUGAGUAACGCACUAACACAACCGCCGUUCGUUGCGAUAACAACCAAGUGGGAGGCUAAGACUGCCUCCCCACUGAAGGAUACACUUGCUGAGACAUGCUGACUAAUUAAAAAUGCGAGUAGCUAAUUGUUACAUUCAGCUGUUCUUUUUUUGCUUCGUUGUGCGUACCUUUUCCAUCGAUAGGUACAGUGCCGAACAAAAUAUUUUGUCACACGUGC